AUGAGCAAUGCGCUCUGGCUCAUGGGGCGGAUCCCCUGCCCGGGACUCCGAAGUGCGAGCACGUUCGCUACGGGGACCUUCCACCAUACCUGCCGUGAGCUCCGCAUGACGCCAUGGAGUCUGUUGAACAACAAUACCAGACGUCCUUUCAGUCUUCUCAAGACUGCGUUGCAUCCCCACCCUCGACCUUCACCUUUUUCAUUUCUUCUUCAGAAUUUCAGUCCUGCUCCAGGCUUCCACAGGUAUAAGAGAACGGCCGCUUCGGCACCAUCCGCUCGAAAGCCCUCGGAGAAUCCACUCGGCGAGAAGAGUCGUUCCGAUACAGAAAUCAAGAAAAUUUUCGGGUCAAACAAGAUCCAGGGCAGGCUAGGCAAUCGCGCUCUCAAAGUAUUGCAGGAUCGUCGUAUGGAGGGAACCCUGGAUUUGGAUCUACCCGCCGACAUCACCCACGCUGUGCCUCAAUACCAGCUCGAUGCAGCCCUUCAAUGGCUCCGCGCCAACUACCCAAUCGACGAAGACGCUGCAAUCCUCGCCCGUAUCGAACGAGAGGAACACGAGGCGGAGGAGAAACUGGUUCGGCGCGCCGAGGAGCUUGGUCUAUAUAAGCCGCAGAGUGGUUCCUACGACGCUGAACUUGGCGAAGAGAAUUCGGUCUACGGAAAGAGUGUACUCAAAGAGGCUCGCGAAAAAAAUGAGAAACGAUUAUUGGCAGAGAAGGAACACAAGCGUCAGCAAUGGCUAGAGGGUGAACACGAGGAGCGCGAACGGCUCCAGCGCCAAGUAGAGGGCAACACGGCAUUGCAGCAGUAUCAGGAAGCAGCCCUGACCGAGGCACGACCGAGGGCGGAUCCAAAUGAGCGGCCAUAUCUUGCUUGGGUUCAGAAACACCAUCUUGCAGGAACCCAUAAUCAGCCCGAGGCUAUGGACAUGACCACUGUGCAUCUACAGACUCAGCGCCUCCUGGCUCCUCUUCUUUUCACCAUCGCCACCAUUGGCCUCUGCUAUUUCUUUGCCCAAAAUUAUGAAGCGCCCGCGAGAGAGGAUCGCAUGUGGCCUGACGUGCCUCCGGCUGCUGCGACGGUCGGCGCAAUCAUUGGAGCUAAUCUAGCAGUUACUUUCUUAUGGAAGUAUAUUCCACCCUCAUGGAAACUUCUUAAUCGCUUCUUCGUCCUUGUGCCGUUCUAUCCCAACACCCUUAGUGUUCUUGGCAGCACUUUCAGUCACCAGACGUGGAGGCAUCUGGCAACUAAUAUGAUGGUCCUGGGCCUUAUGGGUACACGAGUGCACGAUGAACUCGGCCGAGGAAACUUCUUAGCUAUCUACUUGGCCUCUGGUGCUGUUGGCUCCAUGGUCUCCUUGUCACGCAGUGUUAUUCUUGGGUAUCUCACUAUGACUUCUCUGGGCGCAAGUGCUGCGACCAGUGGUAUUGUUGCCGCGUGGUGCAUGUAUCAUUUUGAUGAUAAAAUCACCAUGUGGAUCCUACCCAAGGAGCUACGAGAGACCAUCUGGACCCAAGGGUGGAUUUUCCUCGCUUGCCUGAUUGCCACUGAAGUUGUCAGCAUGGUGACCCCGGCUCGUUUCCUGCAGGUCUUCCCUCUCUCCAGACUCACCAAGAUGGACCAUGCCGCCCAUCUGGGUGGCUACCUCGCUGGCGCCGGAUGUGGAUAUACCCUUGCGCAGAAAAAGAAGGCGCACGAGCGAGAGCGUAGAGCCCGUGAUUUGAAGUGGCUCGGAAAUGUCAAUCGAUAG